ACUAUGAAUUUAAAAAAAAAAUUACAAUUAACAAAAAAGUGUACUUUGGAUUAAGAUUUUUAAUUAACAUUGAAUUCAAAAGAUGCGCGAAGUUCCGUACCCUGGGUUCCCAUGGGUCACGGCGGCGGUGUGUGCAUGAGUGGAUAAUGAUGGUUCACUAUCAUUGUCCUGGCAGGGUCGUUGCACACAUCUUGUCAAGCAUGGAUCAUAAUAUGAUUCAAAUUAGAAGGCGUGAUGGACACCUUUAUUUAAAUUAAAUUAGAUGAAUGGGAGUUGAAACACUUUCCCACCCUUCCGUUGAACAAUGGGAAAAUUUUGUAGUGAAAAUAAAAUAUCACAAUUUGCCAUCAUAAAGACAUAGUACAAUUUUGGGCCACCCUAAUAUACAUACAUCUUCCUAUGGUGACACACGCGAUGUAUUACGACCUUGAAAUAGGGCCAAGGAAGCUCAAAUGUUAGGUUUUACUAUCGAAUUUAUGCACAUAAUUAGAUAUUUUAUCGCAGAAAGGAAGAUCAUAGUCGAAGUCAUUGGUCGAGAAGCAAUUAGGAAAUCCUAGUGGUGCAAAUAAAAAAUGUCACUCAAAUUGAAUUGUGAGAACUAAUAAUAAUAACAAACGGGGUACUUAACAUAAUUUAUCGAGUUACAGCCGAGUGAAAAGGCUAUUACGUAGUAUCAAAUGGUCCCGAAAUUAGGAUGUUUAUCCUCCAGCGCCGAGGAAGAAGACAAGUCGAAGUCUUCCAAAGAUGACGCUGAAACGAAUUCCAAAAUUCCAAUCGUCUAUCGCCACGAGUAUGGGGUGCGAUUCUGUGGACUACAAAAAUUGCACCCUUUCGAUGCAGCUAAAAGCAUUAACAUAUUCAAACUACUAAAAGCCGGUGGUUUUAUCGAAGAAAUCAGCCAAAUUCACCGGCCCAGACAGAUUACCGAUGAUGAACUAUUGGAGGUGCAUACAAAACGAUACCUCGAAAGUUUGAAGUGGAGUUUGAAUGUAGCCAAAAUUGCUGAAAUACCACCCCUGAUCUUUGUGCCAAAUUAUUUUGUUCAGCGAGCUUAUCUGAAACCGAUGCGUUUUCAGGCCUAUGGAUCUUUGAUGGCCGCCGAGUGUGCUCUCGCUUCACCAAGUGGAGUGGGUUGGGCCAUAAAUUUAGGCGGAGGCUUUCAUCAUUGUAGCUCGGAUCAAGGUGGCGGCUUUUGUCCAUAUGCGGAUAUUACCCUUACAGUCAAGAUGAUUCUUUCUAGCGGCAGGGGUAUUGAGCGAGUUCUCAUAUUGGACUUGGACGCUCACCAAGGAAACGGAUACGCACGGGAUUUAAUCGAUAACAAAAGUACCUACAUUUUGGACAUGUACAACUAUCGUAUCUAUCCUAGAGAUCAGGAAGCAAAAAUAGCUAUAAGACUGGCUGUCGAAUUGAAACCACACACUGAUGACCAGGAGUAUCUUCAAAAGCUUCGAAAAAGUUUAUUCCGUGCUUUUGAGGAAUUUCAACCGAAUUUUCUAGUCUACAAUGCUGGCACAGAUAUUCUUAAAGGAGACCCUCUCGGUUUACUGGAUAUUACUCCUGAAGGUGUUAUCGAGCGGGAUGCUAUCGUCUUCAGGAUGACAAGAGAAAAAGGAAUCUCACUCGUAAUGCUUCUUAGUGGUGGCUAUCUGAGGAGCUCGGCCCGCGUCAUUGCGGACUCUAUUUUGAAUUUACAAAAGGAAGGUCUGUUACCCCUGCAUCAUUAAUUUAACAACGAUCCUGGAAUCGUAUACCUAUAAACGUAUAUGCAACUAAAAACUGUGAGAGUCACCAAAGGAAUCAUAUAGUCUGUACGAAAUGCUGUGAUGUUACCCAACAAAACCGA